AUGCCAGUCAAUGAGGAUGAUGCUACUUCAUAUUGGAGCCAAAUAAACCGGAAACUCAACAAAAAGCCAACGGAAGCGACAGCUCACAAAAAGGUUGACGAUUGGGCAGACUCAAUCGUUCAAACUGUCUGGCGUCCUGUCACUGUAGGUUUGAUUAUUGGAGGACCUACGCUCUACAUUCUUCGCAAGUACAUCAUUGGCAAACGUUUUAAAACUGCUGCUCAUAUUCCUAUCGAGUAUCUCGAGAAGCAAUGCAAAAUACGAGGCAGAGUCGUAUCCGUAGGAGAUAGUGACAAUUUUCGACUAUACCAUACACCUGGAUUAGGUUGGAAUGGUUUCUGGGCAUUGCGGAAGAUACCACAAACUCGAAAGGAGCUUCGAAAUCAAACAAUAUCAGUGCGAAUAGCAGGUGUAGACGCACCAGAGGGUGCUCAUUUUGGUAUGCCUGCUCAGCCUUUUUCAACGGAAGCCCUCCAAUUUUUGAAGAAAUUAGUUUUGAAUAGAACAGUUGAAGUGCAACUUCUGAGCCGAGAUCAGUACCAGAGAGUGGUAGCGAUGGCUUUCGUUAGAAGACCACCGUUUUUUCUAAAAAAGAAUGUCUCUGUGGAAAUGGUGAAAGCAGGUUUGGCGAGUAUUUAUGAAGCCAAAGGAGCACAAUAUGCUGGGCAGUUUGAGCAAUUACAGAAAUAUGAAGCUUACGCAAAGUCCAAAAAGAAAGGCAUCUGGUCCUUAAAAAAGAAAUAUAUUUCACCUUCAGAGCAUAAAGCGAGAUACCUCAAUGGAAGCAGAUAA